AUGUCUAAUAUAUCUUAUCUUACAGCAUACAAUGCUCACAGCGGAGUUUCAAUCAAGAUCCCCAAACCUAUACGAUUCCACACCUUAAACGAGUUUAAAGAGUAUUUGUUACAAACUUUUGCAAUGGAAAGCAUAGACAAUAUAUUCCUAUUGAGCUCUUUUGGUAUAAAAGUGAACUUCAAUCUCAUAAAUGAAACUAUGGAUGUGUUUGUGUUUGACAAAAGACUAUUUGUCAAGAAUGUUGACCAAAGCUUGCUAGAGUUUUAUUUCACAAAAAAAGAGUAUGAGAAACUUCAAGAACCCAAGAUACUGCCGUUAGUUGAGAACCAUGCUUUUAAUAAGCAAAGCAUGCAGAGUUUGAUGCGGGUCUACCACGGUUGGGCAAGGGCUUUGCUACAAGACUGCAUGAUACUAGAGAAACUUUGUCAACAACUUGUCAAGCAAAUCAACACGAUAUUUCAAUCUUUGAACACUAUAUUGCAAUUUGCAAGCAAUUUCACCGAUGAUAUUGAAAAAAAUUUCAAUCACCACUAUAACUAUAUCAAGCUAUUAAACUACAAAACUUUACACAAGACAUGGUCCAAGAACUACAAAUUAUUGGACCAGUUUCCGGUGGUUAAGAUCAAACAGUCUCGGAUAAAGUUGAUUGAGCUCUUGGACCACGAGGCGCUAAUCAACGCGUCCGAGUAUGUCACUAAAUAUUUACCUUUAAUUUCACAGAAGUUCAACGAGUUGCAGAAAGACGCUGGUGAAGUAAAUGAAGAUCGAGGUAGAAUAGACAACCUAAUUGAAAGAUGGAGAAAUGAGUCGAUUCAAAAAUUUAAGGAUAUUAAUGCUAAAGAAUUGAUUCAUCAUAUCCAGUUACAAGUUCAACUAGCAAACGGGGCAAAUGACUCCAAUGACAUUACCUCUCUUGAACAAUCUUACAAUUUUCAUAAGUCGAAAGUUUCAAUAGAACUAAGAAAUGAAGCAAAAAAGUUAUAUUCCUACUUCAUUAGUCUCAAAGGGUUCAGAGAGAACCUAAUUAAGCAGGGUCCUCAAGUUUACUAUAUAAUAGCAUCAAUUCAAAUGAAAAUGGUGAGUUACAGAACUCGUUUGAGAAAUAUGGUUGAGGAUCAAACAAGUGAACACACUGAUAAGGAUGUAAAUUUCAAAACCAUUUCGAAUGUUAAAAAAUAUGAGGAUAUGUUGUCUCUUACGAUAGAUUUGCCUUUACUAUUUGGAUUAUCAAUGAUAGAGAGACGGAGGCAGUAUGAGUGGAAUGAUUUCUUCACAAAAGGGGUAGUCAAUAAUGUUAGUGAGCAAUUAGCUACUAUAAUUGACCACGAAAAAGCUUUCAGAAGUACUUGGGAAAAGAGAUUUGGUGCUCUUCUGAAACACAUCAGUAAGGGGGAAAUGAUUUCGCAGCUACCGCACGUUGAUAUCUCAUUAGUGGGCAAUAACAAUAACAAUAACAAUGACAGUAGCAGUUUCGGUUCUAUUCCUAUUUUGCAAAAAGUGCAAAUUGAGAGAGAGGAUAUAUUGAGUUAUAUUUCUCUUUUGGAGUCUUCAUCAUCUGUAUCAAAGACAUUUCCCGAGUUGUUACAAAAGAAUUUUCAGGAUAUGAGAGCUUCAACUAAUAGUAUGAAAAGAAUUACAAAAAUAAUCUCUUCUUUGGGGAACUUGACAUCAGUUAACGGUAACGGCAACAAACUGAAGAGCCUGGUAAGCGAAGAGAAUUUAAGUGAGUUAGAUGUUGACAUGAAUAUAGUUAGAGGGUUGAAGUUACGGAUAAGCAAACUUGAGAGUCUACUACACCAGCAACAGUACAAGAAUAUAACAAAUUGGCCUGUUAUGAGGACUAACUCGUAUUCUGACAAUAGGAUGAGCAUGAUAAUAGAUGCUAAGCAGUUUUCGGCAAGUGACAUGAAAACGGAUCCUACAAAACUACUACAGAGAAGAACGUCAUCUAAAGAGAGCAAUAGUAGAGGCUCAAACCAGUCGCAAGUACUUGACUCUUCGUCGAUUGAUAAACAUCUUGACAAUAUCAAACUAAAGAGGAAAAACUCUGACUUGAAGUUGAAGUACGAAACUUUGACAAAAGAGGUUGAAGGCAAGGAUGAAACAAUUGCUCAAUUAAAGCAACACGUUGAAAAGUUGAAAGCAGACCAUUCUAAGGAAGUUGAAGUAUUGAAAGCCCAAGCUGGAAAUGAGGCUGAGAAGUUACGUCUUUAUAAACUUGAAGCAAAAUUGGAUGCGAAAAAGGUUGAAAGCCUUGAAAAGGAACUAAGGAUCAAGGAUGAAACUAUAACAUCACUCAAUGAAAGACUUAUUAAGGACAAUAAGAAUUCAGCAAAAGAUAUUAUACAGUCAAACGAAACGAUAUCGUUGUUACGUAAUGAGUUGGCGGAUGCCACCAGAAUGAAAAACGAUUUAUUAUCCAACAUGUCAUCGAAAGAAUCAGAGUUUGCUCAGGAGAGAAAAAAUUUGAAUGAAGAAGCUGCUAUUUUGAAGUUGAAACUCGAAGAGGUGAGUGAAGAUUAUGAAAACUUGAUGGAGUUGACUCAAGUAAAACAAAAGAAGCACGAUACGCUUAUAAAUGACUUGAACAAUGUUGUUAUUAACCUUAUGAACGUCAUUAAGCGUAUGGCUAUUCAAUAUUUUGGCAAUUUUCGGGACAUUUGUUAUAUAUUGGAGUCCAUGGGACUCCUUUUGGUGAAGGAAGAUGAGUUGUACAAAAUCAGGAGAGUUAAAGGACUCAAGUCAAGGAAAACCCAUGGCGACGAAGACGUGUCUGUCUUGUGCUUAGAUAUAAUUCCAAAUUCAAAAGUAAUUGAGGAAAUGGAAGUAAAGAUGUGCUGGGUUGAAGAGAUUCCGCCGGCUUUGGAAGUAUCAAAUCCAGACAGUUAUUCGUCUGGUAACGAAAGUGAACUAGUUGUUGAUAAGUAUAAAGAACAAGCCGAUAAAUUGCUCGCUGUUUUCACCAAAUUGUUUGGCGUUGAUUCGCUGUCAAAAUUUGGAGCAUUUAUGAAAUCAAUUAGUUUUCUGGAGAAUGUUCAAUUGGUAGAUGAAAGUUCAACAAACACUCAAUUUUUCGUUAAUGCCAUUUUGAAAAGAUUUAAAGAUGUUGAGGGAUUUGCUAAACGGUUGAGCAAGGAUAUAAAAGUUAAAGAACAAGAGUGUAAACGAUUGUCUUCAAGGUUGAAGAAUAAGAUAUCGGUAAACAACUUUCAAGAAAAUGACUUAUUAUUGUUUUUACCAACAAAAGUGGAUAGAGGAAGUUAUGUACCAGAUGAAAAAUCUCUUCAGCCGUGGGCUGCCUUCAAUGUGGGCUCGCCGCAUUACUUUUUGCAAAACAUAGAGAAUCAUCAGUUGGUUGGAAGAGAAUGGUUAAUUGGUCGAGUGAAGAAGAUUUCCGAAUAUAAAGUAACCGAGGCCGAAUUUGAAUCUGUUGCAGCGAAUCCAUUCCGCCUUAGUGUGGGUGUUGUUUGGUUCUUGGUUGAAGCAGUUGAAGAAAAGUGA